CCAAUUACCAGUAUUGUAUACGCGUAAGUAGGUGUUCUUGUAUCGGUACUCGUUCGCCCAGCAAGCCAAUACAAACCGUGACUAACAGAAGAAGAAAAAAAUAAAAUAAAAGAUUGGCAGGAAAAGGGGGCUAUGAGAAUUGAAUUCAAGAGGCUGAAGCAUAACUCUGCAUUCAUUUCAUCCAUUCCGACGACAAUCAGUCACCUAUUCAGUAAAUGUGCCAAGCCGCAAGCAAUCCAAUCCCUCGCCUCAGCUCCUUUUCCAGGCUCUCUCACUUUCCUCUCAUUCUUUAUUACUCCGCUAGUACCCUCUAGCCCUAAAAAAAGGAUGCCCGUGCCGUUUCCCAAUCUUUAAUCUCUCUUUCGAGAUUUCUUAAUUUUUUUCCUCUUUUUUCUUUUCUCUUUUCGAGGACUGAUCAUGGCGAGAUGGCAAGCCGCAUAAGAUUCGCUCCUAACCGAUUGGUCCUGACUAGUAUCGCGUCAUUCCUCGUACUUUUUGUCCUUUUCCACUCUUUCGAGCCUAGGAAACGCGCUUGGUCAUGUAAGACGCUUUCUUCCUGUCUGGGGGGCAACCAUCCUCCCACAUACAAGCAUUGGGAUGGCGUACCACUAGACAUGGUCAUUGGCCAAACUGAGAAGACCUUGAACGACGGAACGAUACUAUAUACCCAACACAUCAUGAACACGAACCCGGAUAUAUUAUUCCUAGUACUAGCAAGAGACGAACAUUCAUGGAGCCAGGAUUUCCGAUCUACGCGCCGCACCGUAUACGAUUUCCUCGAUUUGGUCGUGUCUACGAAUUUGGACUUGACGCGCGUAACGCUAGGGUUUAUGACGUCGUCGCGCGAUGAAUUCGAGACUAUGAAAAAGGCCCUAGUCCCGUUACCUUUUGGUCGAGUAGCGCUAUACUAUCGCGAGAAUGAUGGCGGUGGGGCCGCGUCGCAGAUUGCGUACGAGGACCGGCACUUACCCGAAGUUCAGCGCAAACGCCGCGCCCUUAUCGCUAGCGCUCGGAAUUACUUGAUGUUGCGCAGUUUGCAGGAUGAAUCCCAUGUUAUCUGGGUCGAUGCCGAUAUUGUCGAAUUUUCGCCGGGUGUGUUGCAGGCUAUGAUAGCUCAAUCGGAGAAACGUGUCGACGCUGGAAUUAUCACGGCGCUCUGCAAGCAGACCAUCACGCCUAAUUACGAUAAGAACGCAUGGACGGUGAAUAGAAAAGUUCCCCUAUUAAUGAACCCUGUCGCGGAUGCGGAUAUGGAGAAAGCUGCGGAUCAACUUGUCGAGACCCGAACGUACUUGGACGAAAUUGUCAAGGGAACGACGAACGAUGACCUUUUACCCGUCGACAGUGUAGGAGGAACGAUAUUAUAUAUGAAGGCGGGCCUAAUACGGCAAGGAAUCGAUUUCCCCACAAACUACGUUGUUGGUACCACAUGGUCGCACGAAGGUUGGGUUGGCAUCGAGUCCGAAGGAAUAUGUUACGUCGCAUCGCAUCUCGACGGCGGAGGGUGCUUUGUGUUAGGUGGAAGUCAUCAUGUGAGACAUGCCGACUGGAGUUGAAAGAAAAUACGGGAUACGAAGUGUUAUUUUGUCGCAUAAGCAACGGAUUUUUUGAUGUGAUACCCCGAGUUGAUCCCAAGGAUCUUCAUGCAUCAUGUUGAACUUUAUCGAAGAUAGAGUUUCAUACCUCAUCUAGCUGGGAAUCCCAUUCCUGGACUCUCCAUGCAUAUAUAACCCGAAGGAAGGUUUAUUACAUGCUGUCAAGGGCUAGGAUGGGUGGAAUGGAAUCAGAUAUAGAACUUAGAGCAUUCAAUAAGAAUAUCAACCAA